UCUUUCGCAGUUUCGCGUAGAGCGUUCGCGUUUACGUUCGCGUAACACUGCAGUCGAGGCUGCAGGGCUGCACAUUACGAGCAUUUCGGUAGAUGGCAACAAUGAAUGUUUAUCAUUAAUGAUAACAAAUUCGUGAAAAAUAUUUGAACUGAACGUAAACAUGCAAAAUGAAGCCGAAAUUUUCAGAACUGAGGCAGUUUCGAUGCUAGUAAAUUAUGCGGUGUGAUGAAAAAGUGAAAAAUGUGAACACAUAUGUUUUUAAGUAAGAGAAGUUCUGCUCAUAAAAUUUUUCCGUGCUAAAAAUAUUGUACUCUGCGAAACACCAAAUGUGAAAACGUUUGUGCACCAUUAUAACCGGUGAACGGAGUGGUCUAUACAUUACAUUUUUCAGCAGAAUUCGAAAAAUAUGAUGAAGAUGAAAAGUUUAUCUUACUAUGUCCCUCUGCUAUUCAUAUUGAAAGCGACAAAAGGAUAUGAUGUACCAACAGUGGCUAUCGUAGGAUCAGGAAUCGGAGGAUCAUCAUGCGCUCAUUUCCUUCGCGAAUUGAUGGGCGAUACGGUCAAAAUAGACGUUUAUGAAGCUGAUAAAAUUGGUGGAAGAUUGGCCACACGGGACUAUAAGGGGGGUACAUAUGAAGUUGGAGGAUGUGUGAUUCAUAGCAGGAAUAAAUACAUGAGUUACUUCCGGGAUAAAUUCGAGCUCGAAGAAACUAAAGAACGUUCUGAAUAUGCAAUCGGAAUUUAUGAUCAAAAUGGUAUUGAAUUCAUUUCCAGCGAAUGGAAGUUGGUGACCUUUGCGAAGAUGCUUUUACGCUACGGUUAUUCUUUAUUCAAACUGGAUUCAUUUAUUGAAACAAUGUUGGAUGAAUUCGAUAGGAUAUACGAACUUCAACUUCAAGGUAAAUCAUUCGAAACAGUUGAAGAUUUAUUGGGUUCCGCUAGUGCUAACUUUUUGAAGUACUUGAACAUUGAUUCUGAAGAUGGAUUCUCGAAAAUCGCCGGUAUUAAUGAAGUAACGAUAAAUGACUUGGUCAGAGGAUCUUUAAGAGUAAAUUAUGGACAAACCACUAACGUCCAUUUAUUUGUUGGUUCCGUUUCCGUCGCGGGAAUGACUGGUAAAUUAUGGUCCAUUGAAGGAGGAAACAAAAAAAUUCCAGAAUUAUUAAUUAAAAACAAUUCCGUUAAUUUUAUCCAUAACAAAGUUAUAAGAAUCAUAUUCAAUGAUGAAAAUGAAACCUACACCGUUGAAUCCAUUAACCAGAAAAAUGGAGAUGAAUUAUCAAACACUUAUAAAUUCGUAGUUUUAGCACAUCCUAUCACGGACGAUUGUAAAGAUCCUAUUGAAUUCAUCAAUUUCCCCAAUCCGAUUAAAGUGAAAGGAAAAUAUCACCGGACUGUUUCUACAAUAUUAGCUGGUAAUUUGAAUGGGAGUUAUUUUGGAAUAAAAGAAAAAAAAGUGCCUGAUUUAGUAAUCAAUAAUGACGUGAGUAAAGUGAUAAAUUCAGUAGGAAGAAUUAAUCCAGUUAGUACUUCGAAACUGAGUGAAAGUAAUGUAUGGAAAAUUUUUAGCAAAAGACCUCUUACUGAAACUGAAUUGGAUGAUUUAUUUUCUGAGCGUAGUCCGUGUUCUGUCGUCGAUUGGUUAGCGUAUCCUCAGUAUACCGAUCUAGGAGUAUCGAGUAAAUUCAUUUUACAUCCCGGGUUGUAUUAUAUUAAUGCUAUUGAAUGGGCUGCUAGUGCGAUGGAAAUGAGUGUUAUUGGAGCAAAAAAUGUUGCAUUAUUAAUCUCAAAAGAGUUGUCUAUUCAAGUUGAAAAUGAAAAGAAUUUUAUGAAAAAUGAGCGAAAUGAAUUAUGAACUUUUGUUUCUACGUAAACAUCUACAAUAUUUUCGUAAAUUGCCCUGUGAUCUGUGAUAUUUAUACUGAUAGGUACAUAUUUUACUUCUUAUUUGUUUCAAAGUUAGAAUAUUGUAAAAUUAUGUAGCUUCUUUUCAUCGAAAAUAAUAUGUCUGUACCUAUUCAAUUGUUUGCUUGUAUAUUGUAUUCCACAAUUUCUAAUUCCUCGCCCAUAGAUGUCCAUACGUAUGGAGAGAAAUUUUGUAAUGAAAUUGUAGCGCAAAUAACAUACGAAUUUUUAAAGAUUGAAUUUUCUCUUUUGCAACUUGUGCAUUUUGGGGCAUAGAUUUCUGAUUUUUGAUUUGCUUAAUGAAAAUUGAAUUAAAUUUCAAAAAAUGUUUUCUUCUUUCGAACAUAAAAGGAUGAGCUAUCUAUAGGUACUGAACUUAACCGUAAACGUAUUCCCGUAACUUAAGAAUGAGACUGGUUUGUGGUUUAUGCUAAACUUAAUGUCCGUUAACAUAAAAGUUGCCUUUGUUUAACUUCUAGGGUCAAGUUUAAGGUUACGGUUAAAUCAGUUAAAUUCAGUAUAGCCGGUCCUAUUAAAAAAAUAAAAAAUAUAAAUUCGAAUUCGCGGGAAACGUGCGUCGUUAUCAGCAACCAAUGGAAACGAAGUAGCUGUAUUUCUUGAGAGCGAUUGGCUUGGAAUCAUUGGAAUUGUGUUACGCACGUGCGUUUGCAUAACUGCCGGGAUACCGCGAAUGUCCUUUAUUUAAUUUUGGGCAGAAGCAGAGGUGUAACGAUUACGAUUAUAAUCGAUUAUCUCCGAUUAAUAAUCGCCGAUUAUUUAUAAUCGGCCAUAAUCGAUUAAUCGCCGAUUAAUCGGACCUUUGGGUAAUUUUUUAAAAUUAAUCCAAAUCUUGAUUUUAUGUCUUCCUUUUGGUUUUAAUUUGUUAUUUGAUGUUUCAUAUUUUCAUUUUCUCUUCAAUCCUUUCAUUACAAUUACUUUUUGAGUAAAAAAAUGGAAAUGAAAAUUGUUCAGAUAAUGGUUCAGAAAACAUUAAUGGCGAUGACUGACGUCACUCAAUUCCAACCAAUCAUGGAACAGCAAAUUUUUUUGGCCGAAUAAUCGCCGAUUAAUCGAUUAUCCUCCGAUUAGUCCGAUUAUUUUGGGACGAAAUGAUCGAUGCAGCAUCGAUUAUAAUCGUUACACCUCUGGGCAGAAGUUCAUCAACCCUUUUUUUUUGAUACACUAGAUCACCUCGAAUUCAAUCGAACAUGAACAUUGUAACGAACCCAAAAAUUUCACUACUGGAUGAUUUCAAUGUGAUAACGCAAGUAGGCUAGGUCAAAUCACUGAAGAAACGCUCGUCCAGAAAAAGCUUGUUUCUCCAGAGGAUGCGAUGAAAUUGAAUAAGAUAACUGAAAACUAUUUGUGCUCACCUCAUAUGAAUGUUCAUAUUGUUCAUGAUAUUGAUUUUGUACGCUUUAAAAUAAGAGAUCUUGAGACCGGAAUUACUUUAUUUGAAAUCGCCAAACCAACAUUUUCCUCUGUAGAAAAUGGAUGCUUCGAGAAAGAAAACAGUGAUACAAACCCUAACGCUGGUCGUUUUGUUCGUUAUCAGUUAUUCCUCAAUUCUUGAAGCUCAAAUUAGUUGGAGCAACUGUUGAAUUUACAGUGGGUAAUGUUCCUGUGAACAACUUCCACAUAAUUGAAAGGCAUUUCUUUCGUGAUAAGCUAUUGAAAACAUUUGAUUUCAAAUUUGAAUACUGUAUUCUUAAUAGUAAAAACACAUGUGAACAUA